UCAAGCAUGUGCUGUAAGUUGCGCCCUGUCUGCGUGUUUGGCAUCGUUUCAAGCUUUCUACUGUUAAUAUACGUCAAAUUGGACUUGCAACUGAUUUUUGUAGAGACGUCUCACGAACAACCGUCUUCAUAUCCAGCAACUGCGCGCCAUCAAAAAUCUCUGGUUCCUUUCUCACCAGAGCGUUGCGUUGCUGGCUUUGUCUCAAGCAUGGAGAUUUGUCGACCUUGCCCUAGAGGACAGUUUUCUUUGCCCGGUUGGAUUUCUUGUGCACCCCUUCUGACUUGCAAUGAUAUCAAUUAUGGUGUGAGGAUUGAAGGUCAUUUCAUUAGUGGCGGAGUGAAGCACGUUUAUUAUGCUGACUGGAACGGAAUACAAGUUGUUUACAACAUAGGCUAUUUGAAAGAUGAUUUCGAGCACGGAGUCACUAUGCUCAAGGCAUUAAGUCCGCAUCCCAGGAUUAUUCAUCCCAUUGGAAAAUGUAGGAACGUUCUUCUGACUUUGCGGUAUAAUCUCGGCUCUGCCGAGUGGGUGAAUGACGUGCUGGCUAGAAAGGAAUACGUAAAAUUUGACAACUGUGUUACUCGAUUUCGGAUGGCAUUGGAUUAUGUAACAAUUAUAGCUUAUCUUCAUGACAGUCCCAUUGGUGUGCGGGUUAUGUGUGACAGUGCUGACUUGGAGAAGACUCUGUCUCAAUAUUUAAUCACCGACGAUCUGAGACUUGUAUUAAAUGAUGUCGACGCUUUGCCAGAAGUCAAUCACACAGAAAAGAAGUUGAUAAAGUGUGGCCAUCGAGAGUUGUACGGUGAUUUUGUGGCACCAGAGCAGAAAUGGCCGUUUGCAGACAGUCCGUUCAACGACGACAGGAUGCCUCCUUAUGACGAAAAAGUGGACAUUUGGAGAGUUCCUGCUGUCGUGGAAUUUUUGCUGGGAAAUACAGUUAAUUCCUGUUCCGCACUAACUCGGCUGGAAACUAUUCACACAAAAUGUAGGAAUAUUGAUUCCAAACUUAGGCCAUCUGCUAAAGAAGUCUUAUCUUUGUAUCAAACGACGUGGGACAUUCUAGCAUCGGAUUUCCAGUAUGAGUAGAGGUCAGUGUUUGAGGCGUCGUGGAAUCAAGUGUAGUCAGUCUUUGUUUAUUACCUCUGCACGAAACGUUUCUGAGCUGCUAAUGGAAUCAGUGGUCACUCAGAUUGUUCUUGAAGUGGUCAAGAAGGUGCUUGCAAUGGUCAACUAAACUUCUAGCCAGCUGUAGUUUUUACCCUCUGUCAGCACUACGAUUUUGUGUCGCUACUACCUUCUCUAUGAUGCAUGAUUAUGCACCAGAACAAUGCACAGUGACAGAUGAAAGUUGAGACACGGAAUGAAGUAUAAAACAGUGGAAAGGUGGAAGGCAAGACAGUUGGCCUCCACAGUGUCUCAAUCAUUUACUGCCACUGUCAAUGAACUGUUACAUUUGCUGCAACUACACAUGUUUAUCUGACUACAACCAAUCUCACACACAUGAAUGGUGUA